CCCAUUUUUCCCUCGUCAUCUCACUCUCCUGCGCUCUAGCAGAUAUUUAUUUCGUUCAUAAUCUCGAUCUCUCCAUCAUCAUCAUCUCUCAGAUAGUUCAUAACCACAAAAACACAAGAACGAUACAAAUCCCUUUUUUGCUUUUCUCUUUUUGUCACUUUUCUCUGCAGGAAAGAAUAUCUUCCUCAUUUAUUCCUUUCCAUUCCACUCCUUAAAUAUCUGGUAUUAUUUGUAGUCCCGCCCACUAUAAUUUAUAGCAGAAACGAACCGCUUUGUUUCCAGUCUGUUUCCUUUCGAAUUGGGAAGGGUACAUCAGGUUGUAUAUCUUUAGAAAUUGGUGAAACUACUGAAAAUGGCAGCUACAAUGGAGGCGAACGGCAGUGCAACUGCUAAGGCUAAAAUUUCAGAGAAAAUACCAGCAGUUGCUCAUCCACUGGCUGAAAAGUCAACUGAAAUUGCAUCCAAUAUCAAGUACCAUGCUGAGUACAGCCCUCAUUUUUCCCCUUUCAAGUUUGAGCUGGAGCAAGCAUACUAUGCUACUGCAGAUAGCGUUCGUGAUCGGUUGAUCAAGCAAUGGAAUGAAACAUAUAGUCACUAUCACAAAGUUAAUCCUAAGCAAACAUAUUAUUUAUCCAUGGAAUAUCUCCAAGGUCGAGCUUUGACCAAUGCAGUUGGAAACCUAGAUGUUCAAGAUGCAUAUGCUGAUGCUCUAAAGCAACUGGGUCAUGCAUUGGAAGACAUUGUGGAGCAGGAGAAAGAUGCUGCGCUUGGAAAUGGUGGUCUUGGGAGGCUUGCUUCUUGUUUUCUUGAUUCAAUGGCUACCUUGAAUUUACCUGCAUGGGGAUAUGGAUUGAGGUACAGAUAUGGUCUAUUCAAGCAGCGGAUAACCAAAGCGGGGCAAGAGGAAAUUGCAGAAGAUUGGUUGGAGAAGUUCAGUCCCUGGGAAGUUGUCAGACAUGAUGUUGUAUUCCCUGUAAGAUUUUUUGGUCAAGUUGAGGUCCAUCCCACUGGCUCUCGCAAAUGGGUUGGUGGAGAGGUCAUACAAGCUGUGGCAUAUGAUGUACCAAUUCCUGGAUACAAAACAAAGAAUACUAACAGUCUUCGUCUGUGGGAGGCUAAAGCCUGUGCCGAGGACUUCAACUUAUUUCAAUUUAAUGAUGGAGAGUAUGAAUCUGCGGCUCUACUUCAUUCAAGGGCUCAGCAGAUUUGUGCUGUUCUGUAUCCUGGGGAUGCUACUGAAAAUGGAAAACUUUUAAGACUGAAGCAGCAGUUUUUCCUGUGUAGUGCAUCACUUCAGGACAUUAUUGCUAGAUUUAAGGAGAGGAAAGGUGACGACAAUGAGAUCAUGUGGUCUGAAUUCCCCUCCAAGGUUGCAGUACAAUUGAAUGACACACAUCCUACUCUUGCAAUACCAGAGCUUAUGCGUUUGUUAAUGGAUAAUGAAGGCCUUGGAUGGGACGAAGCUUGGAAUAUCACCACUAGCACAAUAGCCUAUACGAACCAUACGGUCCUUCCUGAAGCCCUGGAGAAAUGGUCGCAAGCUGUCAUGUGGAAGCUCCUUCCACGCCAUAUGGAAAUUAUUGAAGAAAUUGACAAGAGGUUCAUUGCAAUGAUAAAGUCAACAAGACCUGAUCUUGAGGGCAAGCUUCCUGGUCUACGUGUUCUGGAUAACAACUCACAAAAAGCAGUUGUUCGUAUGGCCAACUUGUGCGUGGUUUCCUCACACACGGUGAAUGGUGUUGCGCAGCUGCAUAGUGACAUAUUAAAGGCCGAGUUAUUUGCUGAUUAUGUCUCUAUAUGGCCUGGCAAAUUUCAGAACAAAACUAAUGGUAUAACUCCCCGUCGAUGGCUCAGGUUCUGCAAUCCUGAGCUCAGUCAUAUUAUCACCAAAUGGUUGAAAACAGACCAAUGGGUGACUAAUCUUGACCUACUAGCCAAUCUGCGUCAAUUUGCUGAUAAUUCAGAUCUCCAGAGCGAGUGGGAAUUAGCUAAAUUGGCAAGCAAACAACGUUUAGCAAAUUACAUAGUGCAGGUUACGGGUGUGAGCAUCGACCCAAACUCACUCUUUGAUAUUCAAGUCAAACGCAUCCACGAGUACAAGAGGCAGCUGUUAAACAUUUUGGGUGCUGUCUAUAGGUACAAGAAACUGAAGGAGAUGAGCCCUGAAGACCGGAAAAGAACAACACCUCGUACCAUCAUGAUUGGAGGAAAAGCAUUUGCAACAUAUACUAAUGCUAAAAGAAUAGUUAAGCUUGUAAAUGAUGUUGGCUCUGUUGUUAACAAUGAUCCAGAGGUCAAUAGCUGUUUAAAGGUUGUCUUUGUGCCCAAUUACAAUGUGUCUGUGGCAGAGAUGCUUAUUCCGGGAAGUGAGUUAUCACAGCAUAUCAGUACAGCUGGAAUGGAGGCAAGUGGCACAAGUAACAUGAAAUUUGCUCUUAAUGGAUGUCUCAUCAUUGGAACGCUGGAUGGGGCCAAUGUUGAAAUCAGAGAAGAAGUUGGGGAAACAAAUUUCUUUCUUUUUGGCGCCACAGCUGAUGAAGUUCCGAGGUUGCGUAAAGAAAGAGAGAACGGAUUGUUUAAACCAGAUCCUCGAUUUGAAGAGGCCAAACAGUUCAUAAGAUCCGGAGCAUUUGGGAGUUAUGAUUAUAAUCCGCUGCUUGAGUCACUUGAGGGCAAUUCUGGCUAUGGCCGUGGUGACUAUUUUCUGGUUGGUUGUGACUUUCCAAGCUACAUGGAUGCCCAAGAAAGGGUGGAUGAAGCUUACAAGGACAGAAAGAGAUGGAUAAAGAUGUCAAUACUCAGCACUGCUGGCAGUGGAAAAUUUAGCAGUGAUAGGACAAUUGCCCAGUAUGCCAAAGAAAUUUGGAAUAUAAACGAGUGCCCUGUUCCGUCAGUGUAAAGACGUUUCAAGUAUUUACAUCAUAAACCUCGCACGUAAGCAGAGAGGAAAGUAUCAUAAGUAAUACUUCAGCACAAGGUGCUUCAGCGCUGCCUUCUUAUUCCAUUUGGUGCCUUCUUUCAGGAAAGUAUAAAUCGCACUCUUAAGUAUGCUGCACGAAUAACAUGAAUAGGUUAUUCAAUGUUGUUACGGGUAUUUAAAGUUGAACGCUGUUUCCCUUUUGGGACAUGCAAUAUGUAUACUGGACUUGCUUCACUUUCUGCUCGCCGUAGAAGAAAGAUCUACAACAGAUGCAAUUGUUACCUAA